AUGACAUUUACUAAUAUUUACUCUAGACAAAAGAGACAAUACCGACGUACUAGCAAGAACAGCACCACGAUGGCAAGGAAGAAUAAAUCCAAGAGGAAGAAUGCCUCUUCGGGUGAAGAAGAAUUACUUUCUAAGCAACUCCCCAUUGUGGAGUUCAAGUACGGCGAACCGCUGUUCCAAUUCGCCUGCCAUCCCGAGAAACAUAUCCUGUUGAGUGGGUUGGCUAAUGGGUACAUCUAUUGUCAUUCGUACGACCCAACCGCCUUGCAGGAGACCUUGGACCGCAACAAAGUGGAGUCUCAUCGUAAGAGGAAACAGAAGGAUGUGGAAGACAAGGAAUCCGAAAAGUUUUGGACCGUGGUGGAUGUGUUGAAAGAAGAAGAAGAGGAUACUGCGGCGGUUAAAUUACUGUGGAAAACUAAGAGACAUAAGGGAUCAGUGAGGUCUAUUUGUAUGGAUGCAGAUGGACAAUUUGUAUAUUCCAUUGGUACAGACAAUGUCUUGAAGAAAGCUGUCACUGAGACGGGGAAAGUGGUUAAGAAAUUAACUCUAAAAGAUCACAAGGCCAAAAUUACUAAGAUGGUGAAGGCCACAGCUCAUCCCUUUUUGUUAUUGGGGGAUGAAGAUGGGAACGUGAUGAUGCUUAACAGUGAAACUUUAGAAUUGAAAAAUACCAUCAAGAAGAUUCAUAAUGGUGAUGCCAUUAACGAUAUCUUCCAUUUCGAUAAGAGAUCCAUAUACAAAUUUAUCUCCUUGGGGCAAACAACUUUGGCAUAUUGGGAUGCGAGGGAAUCAAACGCUUCUGAUUUCCAGAUUGCUCCAGAUGAUGAUGAAACCAAGAGAAAAGUGCUAUUAAGUGAUGAUCAAGAGGAUGAAAUCCUUUGUGGUACGUUUGUAGAUUCACAAGUUGGUGAUACAAUUGUUUGUGGUAUGGGUGAAGGUAUUCUAACUGUCUGGAAACCUGAAAAGAAUGAUUUGGAAGAUCAAUUAUCAAGAAUUAAGAUAAGCAAAGGUGAAAGUGUUGAUUGCAUUGUCCCCACAUUACAAGACGAUAAUUGUGUUUGGUGUGGCUGCUCUAAUGGUAAUAUAUAUAAAGUAGAUGCCAAACGUGGUAAAAUUGUUGAAAUAAGAAACCAUAGUAAGUAUGAUGAGGUAACCUUCUUAGAUUUAGACUGCGACUAUAGGGUGAUAUCUGGAGGUAUGGAUAAGUUGAAAAUAUGGGAAUUUGUAGCUGCAGAUGAGGAGGAGGAUGAUGGCUUUGAUGACAGUGAAGAUGAAAGCGGUAGCAAUAACAGCGACAGUGACAGCGAAAGUGAAGAUUUUAGCGGGUUCUCCGAUAAGGAUGAUGAAGAAAAAGAAGGUACUGACGAUAACGAAACUUCAGAGAGUGAUGAAGAUGUCGAAGAGGAACUAACUGGGCUAUCGCGUGAAGAACUAAUAGCUGAGCUAGAUAAAGAUCUCGUUGAAUCCUCAGCGGAGGAUGAACCUCUGCCCAAGAAGAGGAAAGUUUCUGCAAAACCUGCCCCAAAAAAGAAUGACAAGUCCAAGAAGAAGAUGGCAAAGAAGAGUCAAAACUUCUCUCACAGCAUAACCAAAUUUGAAGGUCUAUAG